CUUCAGAGAUUAACCACUACCUUCAACGACGGCUGCGCUGGGGGAAAGUUCCCUCUCUCCCGGAGACCUGUUUGCUACAUACAGCAGAAAAUUAACAGAAAUUUUGUGGGUGCAUUUCUGGACAAGAAGGGGGGAGAACAGGAGCAAUACGAGGAAACAAAAAAUCGAGAUGGUAGUCAGGAGGAGAGUUGCAGUAUUUGGCUCUUGUUUGGCUUUGAAGCUGCUGAGUUUGCCGCGGCCUGCGGCCGUCGGCAUGUUCCGAGUCAGCUCACCAGCCAACACCCAGGAUAAAGCUGAGCAAGCGCCUGGAAAAUCUCAGUCUGCCGACAAUCACACUCGAACUUAUACUCAAGGAAUAGAUGUAUGGUACUCUUACUUCUACUUGUCUUCAAGUCAACUCGUUUCGUCCAGGCUGCCAGAGAGUGCAAUUCAGUUGUCUGACCUUGUGUACUUCGUCCGUGAUUUUGGAGCUUCAGACUAGCCGUGCCUCGGCUACGAGGGAAAAUCUCUGUUUCGUCCGCGUCAAAACAGUUAUUUCUUCUGCUUGUAAGGU